GUCUCCGGAUGGGAGCGUGGGCUCUGUCGGGCCUUGGGGCGCAGGUGGCAGAGGCGGCUGGGGCAGCGUUGUGCAGGGCCAGGGGAUGAGGAGGAGGCGGAGGACGGGCGGCGGUGGGGCCUCAGGGAGCCGGUGGGCUGCUUUCCCUCCUUUCCUCCUCCCGCUGCUGGGGUAAAUAAUGGUGCUGGAAGUGGCGGCCGCCCCUGGGCGGGAGAGAUGGAAGGCGGCGAGGAGGGCUGCGUGCUUGGCGGCGGCGGUGUACGGGCUGAAGCUGCUGUGGCCUCUGCUCUCGCGUCGCCUCAGUAGAGGAAAGGGCGCGCGGAGGGAGAAGGAGAAGCAGCCUCUGCUGCGCUCGGGAGCAGGGGAACUCUACCCGAAGGAGGCGGCGUCGGGGGCGGGGGUAGUAUUACCAUCCCCAUCAUCAUCAGCAGCCCCUGCAGCCACCUUGGUGCUGCCUCCCUCCUCUGGGGGGCGCCCUUCCCCGGCGGCCAACGCAGAGUUCUUCCGCCAGCUGCUGGAGCUGCGCCAGAUCCUCUUCCCGGCGCUCCUGGGACCCGAGAGCGGCUGGCUGUGCCUCCACUCAGCGGCCCUGGUCUCCCGCACCUUCCUCUCCAUCUACGUGGCCGGCCUCGACGGCAAGAUCGUCAAGAGCAUCGUGGAGAAGCGCCCGCGCCGCUUCGCCUGGCAGCUGCUCAAGUGGCUCUCGGUCGCUGUCCCGGCCACCUUCGUCAACAGCGCCAUCCGCUACCUGGAGGGCAAGCUGGCCCUGGCCUUCCGCACCCGCCUGGUCGACCGCGCCUACCAGACCUACUUCGCCCACCGCACCUACUACAAGGUGGUCAGCAUGGACGGGCGCCUGGCCAACCCGGACCAGUCCCUCACCGAGGACCUCGCCAUCUUCUCCCAGUCGGUGGCCCACCUCUACUCCAACCUCACCAAGCCCAUCCUCGACGUGGUCCUCACCUCCUACACCCUCAUCCAGACCGCCAGGUCCCGGGGGGCCAGCCCCGUUGGGCCCACCCUCCUGGCCGGGUUAGUGGUCUACACCACCGCCAAGGUGCUCAAGGCCUGCUCGCCCAGGUUCGGCAAGCUGGUGGCCGAGGAGGCCCACCGAAAGGGAUACCUGCGCUACGUCCACUCGCGCAUCAUCGCCAACGUGGAGGAGAUUGCCUUCUACGGGGGGCACAAGGUAGAAAUGAACCAACUCCAGAAAAGCUACAAAGCUCUGGCAGACCAAAUGAACCUCAUUUUGUCCAAACGUUUAUGGUACAUCAUGCUAGAACAGUUCCUGAUGAAGUACGUCUGGAGCAGUAGCGGUUUGAUCAUGGUAGCUGUACCAAUCAUCACUGCAACAGGAUUUGCAGAUGGCGAUUUGGAAGAUGGUCAGAAACAAGCAAUGGUCAGUGAACGGACGGAAACUUUCACUACUUCACGUAAUUUAUUGGCUUCUGGAGCAGAUGCUAUUGAGAGGAUUAUGUCUUCUUAUAAAGAGGUCACAGAGUUAGCAGGCUACACAGCUCGUGUGUACAACAUGUUUUCAGUCUUUGAUGAAGUGAAGAGAGGCAUUUACAAAAGGGCAGCUGAUUCUCAAGAAUGUGAAAGCAACAACAAGAAAAGAGAUAAAGCGGAAAGACAUAUUGAUGGUCCAUUAGAAAUCAAGGGAAGAGUGAUAGAUGUUGAUCAUGGAAUUAUCUGUGAAAAUGUUCCUAUUAUUACCCCAAAUGGAGAUGUGGUGGUUUCCAGGCUAAACUUCAAAGUUGAGGAAGGGAUGCAUCUUCUAAUCACUGGGCCCAAUGGCUGUGGGAAGAGUUCCCUCUUCAGAAUUCUCAGUGGCUUAUGGCCUGUCUAUGAAGGUGUUCUCUACAAACCACCUCCCCAACAUUUGUUCUAUAUUCCACAAAGGCCUUACAUGUCCAUUGGAACGCUGCGGGAUCAAGUUAUCUAUCCUGACUCACUGGAAGACAUGCAUGAAAAAGGGUACCAAGACCAAGACCUUGAGUGUAUCCUAAAGAUUGUUCAUUUAAAUCACAUAGUACAAAGAGAAGGAGGGUGGGAUGCUGUGACAGAUUGGAAGGAUGUCCUGUCUGGAGGAGAAAAGCAGAGGAUGGGCAUGGCUCGGAUGUUUUACCACAAGCCAAAAUAUGCUUUGCUGGAUGAAUGUACAAGUGCUGUCAGCAUUGAUGUUGAAGGAAAGAUAUUCCAGGCGGCAAAGGGAGCAGGGAUAUCUUUGCUUUCAAUAACGCACAGACCAUCUCUUUGGAAAUACCACACACACUUGCUACAGUUUGAUGGGGAAGGAGACUGGCGUUUUGAACAGUUGGACACUGCUAUCCGCUUAACCCUCAGCGAGGAGAAACAAAGACUAGAAUCCCAGCUUGCAGGAAUGCCAAAAAUGCAACAGAGACUGAAUGAACUUUGCAAAAUCUUAGGUGAAGAUUCUGUGCUUAAAACGAUGGUUAAAGAGGAAUAAAUGCUUUAGUUUAUAAUUCCCCCACCCCCAAUUUUUAAGUUAUUGAAGCACUUUUAUUUCUGAGACAGUAUGGUUUGCAUGUACUGUGGUUAGCUUAGAGUGAACGGAAACAUAAUUGGCAACAAACUGAAAUACUUCAGAAAGUCUUCAGCCUUCUAAUGUUACAGAGGAAGAGUCAAACUAGUGCUGUGCCGAAUCCUAGUGAGGAUUGAUUCAGUUUAAGAAAACUGAGUUCUUGGAGAUGUGAAAAGCCUCUUGCAAAACUUCCUAAAUUACUAAUCUUCCAUAUUUAUUCCUGCUUGUUUACGUUCCUGGAACUAUUCUGUUUUGAUACUAAAGUUGGGUUUUGCUUGUGUUUUUACUAUAUAAGCCCAGUCACUCAGGGAUCACAUAGGUAGAACUGUGAUGUUAUAUACAGUGUCACAUAGAAAAUCAGAGUUGGACACUGGAUUCCAUGACCAAGGGCAGACAAACCCCUCCUGUUGCCCUGACUAUCAAUGUGGGAGCUGCGAAGGGUAAUACAUCUGAUUGCCCACAUUUCUUAGAUUUAUGGCCCAAGAACUCUUCAUGGGCUGAUUUUUUAUCCUUGUCCAACUCUUCUGGGAGAUUGUUAUACAAGAUAACUAGGACAAAACGGGAUGAGCACCAGAUACAGAAACAAAUGUCAUUUCGUAGUUCUGUGCUUGCCACUUAGCCAAAAAGGUCUCAAAGGCGGUUUACAGACCGCCAAAUAGUACGUAUACAAUACGUACUAGGGUUAGGA